AGCUAGAAGAGAGAAGAAAGCGACUUGGAGAAAGAAAGCUCGUGGUCUUUUGGACUUUUUUUCUCCUUCGACGAUGAACAGUAGUAAGUGUCGAGUGUUUGUUGUCAGUGUUGUUAGAUCCCUUUAUCAUGAAGGAAUUCGCGCCUCGAUCGCUCGCCUCUUUUCUCGUAACGAGUGAGCUGUGUUGCGGUUUUUUUGGUGUCUUUCUUUUUGAAUACGAGUGUACCCUCAUACAUGUAUGUACGUGAUGAACGCGUGCGCACCCACACCUGCAUGCUUUAUUGGUAUACACGGGACACGUAUGUGUGCUUAUUUAUAUAUAUGGAACCGUUGAUGGAUAUGUGUGCGUAUUUGUGAUGAGAAGUUUGCGCACACACCUGCAGAAAAGGCUGAGUGAGCGAAAAGAAAAUAGAAGGGUAAAAACAGAGCCCUGGAUAGUAUGACUGCAAAUCACUCCACUAUCCAUAAUGGAGCAAUGGAUUCACGAGGAUAGCAGUUUACCACUUUGCCUUGCGUAGAAGACCACAAAGAAUAGCUGUUAAUAUACAGUAAAAACAACAGAUAGCAACACCAUGAUCUCAAUUAAGAUAACUAUCCCAUGAUGCAUAUUCCAUUACAUAACAGAUUUAAGAUUCGAGUACUCCCGUUGGGAAAAUAUUGGCCAAAGUUUUUAUGGCGUAGAAUAAGCGAAGAUCGGUCAAAAUCAAGAGAAAAGAUAAAAUUUGAUAACAUAGGCACAAGAAAUUAUCUAUAAUCCUAGAGUUUAUUCGAAUUAUAUUGAAUAACUUAAGGGCUAUAACCUGGCACAAUAAACCAAGUGUUAUUCUGAGAAAAUGAAUAGUCGCCUCGGUGAGACAGAGUCAAAAUGGACCUGUGAAUACUGUACCUAUGAGAAUUGGCCAUCAUCGUUGAAAUGUACAAUGUGUAGAGGCGCUAAACCAUUAUUAGGUGAAGAUAUUUAUCGAUUACGAGAUCCAAGCCCACAAAGAUCUAGUUCUAACGUAGCAUCUGGUCCAGUGCCACCAGCUAGUGAUUCAUAUAAUUUAGGCUCGCAAAAUUAUAGUCAGAAUGUACCAUCAGCCGGAAAAUGGUAUUGCGACGCAUGCACUUAUCUCAAUUAUCAGAACGCGACUCGCUGCACGCAGUGCGCAAGCCGCCGACCCUCGUCCACGACAGCGAUGCCGGCAACGGCACUUCAAAACAACCAAUCGAUAAACUUCGUAGCUUCAAAUCUUCACGAGCACUUCGCCCCUUUGCGACUCGGCGAUGCACCGUCACCGCAGACAAAUUCUCAAUGCAACACACCGACGCAGAUAAAUCUGAAUGUAAAUUCAGAAAGAUGUCAAUCGAGGAAUAAUUCGGGUCAGCAGCAGCAACAGCAGCAACAGCAGCCACAACAGCAACAACAGCAGCAACAGCUGCAGCAACCGGAUAAGUGGUCUUGUCUGGAGUGUACUUAUGAAAACUGGCCGAAGUCGGUAAAGUGUGUGAUGUGCGGUCACCAGAGGGAAAGGGAAAAUAACACGACGAACACGAGUCUUAUAUUGCCGAGCCCUGACAGAGACAUACGUAAUAAUCAUCCGCAACGAGGCCUACCGUCACCACCUCACACGCCUUAUAUACAUCAAGCGCAACGCGACGAGAACGUUGCGAUCGCCAGGCGGAGCUCUCACAGGUACGAUGGCAGAAAUGACAGUCUUCCUAUGCCGCAAUCCCCUAAUAAUUGCGACUAUGAGCGCAGGCUCAAGCAGCUGAGGCGUCACACGGACUGGUGCUGGUUAAAUGCCUGCCUUGGCAUUGUCGAGGGUGACAAUGCACCCGUUGAGGCGUAUCUUGCUAGCGGCGGAGAUCCGGCGCGACAAUUAACGCAUUCCGAGGUUUUACUACUGAACAGAAGCAGUGCUUUUGACAUAGGACACACCUUAGUUCAUUUAGCUAUUAGGUUUCAAAGGGAGGAUAUCUUGGCGACACUGUUGUCGCAAAUCGAGGGUUCGGGCUCUGGUAUCAAGAGGGUGCCGAGCUACGUAGCGCCGGAUCUCGCGGCUCAGAUCCGCCGUCACGUGACCAACAGCAUACGCAUGAGGAAAGGCUCUUUCCCCUGCUACUUUGUUACGGAUAUGGUGACCUUCGCCUUGCCUGCAGAGGUCGAGGAUCUCCCGAGCAUCGUACAAGAGCAGAUGCUGGAGGAACUAUUGGAUCGAGAGGCGCAGCAACAGUUGGAGGGUGGUGGGGGUGAACCGCCGGCCCUUAACUGGUCGUUGGAAAUUACCGAGAGACUCGGGAGUCGUCUGCAUGCACUAUGGAAUCGCUCGGCUGGCGAUUGCCUUCUCGAUUCCGUCAUGCAAGCUACUUGGGGCGUUUUUGAUCGGGAUAAUGCACUUAGACGGGCUCUCGCCGACACGUUGCAGCAAGCUGGUCAAUUUUUUUAUCCUCGUUGGCGGGAAUACGAGGCAUCGCAGGCUUCCAGAAUGUUAGACUUUACUCUUGAAGAAACUCAAUGGCAGGAAGAUUGGGAGAAUCUGCUGGCGACAGCUGCCCAGCCUGGAAGUGCUUUAGAACAACUACACGUGUUCGCUUUGGCUCACAUAUUAAGACGACCAAUUAUUGUUUAUGGAGUUAAAUACGUUAAAAGUUUCCGCGGCGAAGACAUAGGUUACGCAAGAUUCGAAGGAGUUUACCUACCUCUUCUUUGGGAGCCCUCUUUCUGUAUCCGCUCGCCGAUAGCCUUAGGCUAUACUCGGGGCCAUUUCACGGCCCUUGUGCCAAUCGAGCCGUAUUCCUCGUCUCGGAUACCCGCUCUCGCCUCGCAUCACGUUGGCGUGAACGUCGUCGGGGGCGGCAAUGGUCCAAUGCAGCAAUUACAAAUGCAAACGACCUUCAUGCCGCUGAUGGAUCGUGAGCGCAAGCUUUUACCUAUUCACUUUUUGAGUCCGGAAGAGAUGGGCCGCGAGGAGACAAUACUCAAGCAAUGGCUCGAUGUUUGCACGACCGAAGGGGGCAUUUUAGUUGCGCAGCAAAAACUUCAUAAAAGGCCGCUCCUCGUCGCACAGAUGGUCGAGGAAUGGCUCAAUCAUUAUAGAAGAUUAGCUCAGAUGAACGAAGCACCAUUUUCGAGAGCUCUUGCUCUGCAGGAUUAUAGUAGUGAUGGCGACACCGAGGACGAGUAAUGCGUUAGUGCAAAAUAAAAGAAAACCGAUAUAUUAAAUUUAUUAUCGAGUCUACACGGAUAAAUGCCUAUUUGCAAAUCUUUUUCGGUACGUUUUCAUUUGACGCGAUCGCUGAAAAAGAAUCAAAGAAAAAACAAAGAUUGCCAAUCUCGACAAAAUGUUGCCCAAAUAAAGUCAACUUGAAGUUUAGAACUUCGAUUAUUAAACUUAUAUUAUUCAUAAGAAAAUGUUGAACGUUUUUUCGGUAACUUGCUUCACUGAUAUUACAAUAUUUUUUAUUUACUAAUAACUAAUAGUUGUUAUUGUUAGCCUGAUCAACUCUUUUAUCGUUACUUAC